AUGGAAUAUCUCAAUGCACUUUACCAUCUUCAGCUGUCAGGUCCUGGACUUUUUUUGGCAGCUUUUAUGACUGAUUGGUUUGUAAUGGUCUUUGCCAAAACAAUAUUUAGGCUUUACAAGCGAUAUAAAACUCGCGAAAUUAUCAAAUUGAAAGAAGAGCUCAAAAAAGUUGAUAUGAAGGAUGAUUUCCCAAAGUACGCCAAAUUAAAUAGACAGUUAACUCAUCUUCAGAAAACAAAACAAGUUUCAAAACCAAGUCGGAUUUGGUCAUUUCUCAGAUUUCUUGUUCCUGCUCUUAUUUUUAGAAAUUGUUGGAUUUGCACUGCUCCAGCUAACUUCUGGACACCAAUCCAAAGAGCAGUCAAAUUCCCACAUCCAAUUGAGGAAGACAAAGUCAAAGUUGGUUUUAUCUUCUUUUGGGGAGUUGUGAGAGCUCUCAACAACAAAGUUUUCGCAUUAGUUUACAAAUGA